CUCUCCACUGAAGAUACAGAAUCGUUUGUAUGGCUCUUUCGGAAUUGGUUGUCAUGCAUGUCGGACCGUGCCCCGAAAGCAAUAAUCACAGAUCAAGAUAAAGCGAUGCAAAAUGCUAUCGCACGUGUCUUUCCUAAUACUCGGCAUCGAUAGUGCUUAUGGCACAUAACAAAAAAGAUACCGGAAAAGCUAAGAAGCUAUGGCGAAUAUCAUUCGAUGAAGAGCGUGAUGAUGGAUGCUAUUUAUGAAUCACUGACAGAAAUUGAAUUUGAGGAAAAAUGGAAGAGAAUGAUAGCUUGUUAUGCACUUGAAAAUAAUCAGUGGUUGUCAGGCCUGUACGAGGAAAGACAUAAGUGGAUACCAGCUUAUGUGAAGGAUACAUUUUGGGCUGGAAUGUCCACAACACAGCGUAGCGAAAGUAUGAAUGCAUUUUUUGAUGGGUAUGUGAACUCGAAAACUUCAUUAAAACAAUUCGUUGAGCAAUAUGAAAGCGCAAUAAAAAAUAAAGCUGAAAAAGAAGCAGAAUUAGACUACAAAUCAUUCAGCUCAGUCAUCCCGUGUAUCAGCCGUUAUGCAUUUGAGAAGCAAUUUCAAGAUGUAUACACGAUUACGAAAUUUAGAGAAUUUCAGGCAGAGUUGAAGGAAUUAUUGCAUUGUGAGACCUCCUUAUUGUCUUCGACGGGCAGUGUGUAUUCUUAUCAAGUAAAUGAGUAUGGCGACGGAGGUAAAGAUGUACCCUUCACAGUAUAUUUUGAUGAAGGUACCUCUCUAGUAAGUUGUAUUUGCCGUCUAUUUGAGUAUAAAGGUAUUUUAUGUCGACAUUCAAUUGCCGUCCUAGUUCAUAGGAAGUUGAUGAUUGUCCCAAAUUCGUACAUAUUAACACGUUGGAGGAAGGAUGUCAGACGGAGGUAUACCCGCGUGAAGACAUGGCAUAAGAACUUAGGGAGCACCGCGGAAAUUUAUCGAUAUGAAGAAGUAUGUAGGAAUAUGUAUGACAUUGCAGACAUAGCUGCUGAGUCUGAUGAGAAAUGCGAACUAGCAUUACGUACAUUACGAGAUUUGAAGACGAAAUUAGAAAAUACUUCAUCAUCCAAGGGGAGCAAUGAUAUUGAAUAUUCGCCGAUUGCGGCAACACCUUCGAAUGAUGCGUCGAAUGGUAGAAGUAACGACCAGAGAGUUUUGAGCCCACUACCUGUUCGCAGUAAAGGCCGGCCGCCAAGCAAAAGAAAAGAGUCGACGACCGAUAAAGUUGUACGACGGUUGAAGAUGAAAGGCAAUAAAGAACAGGUUGGGCAACAUUUUUGGGACAGGUUAUUUAACGGUGAAUGUUCCAUCUAUAAUUGUGUCUCAUCAUCACAGUCGGCCUCGUCCCAACAGAGCGUUCAUCUACAAAGUCCUACGAUUAACAAUCCGUCAGCAAGUGACUUACCUUAUGGGAUGGGUGUACAAAGUAGCCGAGACAUCAUCGUUACAACAACGUGGGGCCCUAAAAAUAUAUCCGUAUCAUCACAUCCUAUCAUGUAUCCUUAUAGAGUGGAUAUGCCCCCUCAAUCUACAAAUCAGAAUCUGACCCCUCGGACGCUCAUGCCACACCCAACUCAUUUGCAAGAGUUACAGGAAAAGGAGAUCCCGCAGGAACAUGAAUUGCAGCACGGUGAAAGAGCAUCGCCCACAUGAAAGCAGCAGGCAUUGUAUUAAAUGUACAGUUACAGAUUUAGAAUUGAUCUGUGUUGAACCUCCUUGUUCGUAUGUGUCGAUUUAUAAACAGUGGAUUAACAAUAUUUCCUAUUUGUCUUAUUGCUGUUGUAGCACUGGAUGUAAGAUUGACAACAAUGUAAUGACGUGCCUAUA